AUGCACAGGAGAGGCAAUAUGAGAUCUAAAUUGAAACUCAAGAGUGACAGACACAUAUCAAUUAUUGAUGACUCAUUCUCAGGUUCAAAUGGAACUUUGCCAAAUCAAUUCAAUAUGACAAAGUUAAGAUAUAGAUAAAAAGAUAGGAAAAACCAUAGAUAGAAAAGAUUAGAAGAGGAAUUAAUGCUUUUCCCUGUGCAAGAAAUAAAUUAGUCAAGAAACUAUCAAAAUCUUGGUUUGAUAAAAUAAUAUGGGUUAAAGCAACUUAUAUUAUUAGAUAAUGGAUGUUUAGAAGAAGAUAAGGCUACAAAGCUUUAAUAAGAUAGACUCUGCUACCAGCAACAAAGAAUGAUUUCAACUAACAUCAUUCAAUAGUACAUUGACCUUUAGCAAUAUUCAACCUAUAUGGAAUUUUAUAGAUUAAGGAAUUAAUCAAAUUAAGCUAAUUUUAGAAACCAGAAUAUCUUUUCUCAUUAAAAGUCCCCUAAAAUGAAUAAAUCUUUAGAUUUUAAUUCGUCAAUUAAAGCACUUAAACUAGAAUAAAAAAAACUAAUCAAUGGAAGUGCGAACGCAAACUAUCUUGGGUAAAAGAACAUUGUUUAAGAAGAUAAUAAAAAUUGCAAAUAAAAUAAUUUAUAGAAUAAUAACAUCUUCAGCCCUUAACUUGUUCUGGACUCAAGUCUUGAAAGUAAAAAUAUGAGUCCUUAGCAACAUAUUUCAUCUUUAUCAAAGUAUAAACUGAGCCUUGCUGACGAAAAAAUACCAAUUAACUAGCAACUAAUAAUAAAUAAUAGAUAAAUGAAGAUGCCAAAAUUUAACAACAUAUCUUUGAUGAAAAUUCAUGAAACGAAAAGAAAUAAUAGAAAUCCGAUUCCAGAACUCUCAGUGUAAAAGAUCAAUUCACAAGUAGUGAUGAAUCAGACCUAUUUAGAGCCUAUAAUUGAUAGAAGGCCAAUAUUGAAGAAAUUUAAGGAAACCAUUUAAAAUUAUACUUAAUAAAGCACUCAAGAGGAAGAAAACUAGUCAAGAGGAACAUAAAAUACUUAAGGAAUAAUCCUUGAUUCAGCUUUAUCAAGAUAAUAGCAAAUAAAAGAUAAUAUGAAUACAUCCUUUAUCAAUCAUAUACGAGGUACGAGACUCUAAUUUCAAAGAUUAUAACCUCCUAAAAUAUAAGUAGAUGCACAAGCUCAAAUUAAUGGUAAAGCAUUCGGUCAUUUAUAAGAGAUGAAUAAUUUAUUAAUUCGAAGUCGAAAUUCAUCUUUUGGAGAGUGGGAUCAUAAUAAAAAUCAAUCUGAUUAUCCAACUCCUAGGAAUGAAUCUAUGCUCUCCAAAACUAAGUUCGGAGUGAAUAUCUGA